AUGUCAUCACAAUUAAACAUCAGCUUUCAUAGAUCAAAUCAUCAAGAAGAAUCUGAUUUUCUGAUCUCUACUUCGUUUAUUCAUUGCCAUGUCCACGAAAGUAUUAUCAAGAAACAUUUUAAAAUGUUAGAAACAAUGAUGAAUGGUAAAUGGAAAGUUGAAAAGAAGGAAAAUUUAACAAUUUUUGAAUUUGAUUCGGAAAGUGAGAAGGAAAUAGUUGGAUUGAUGGAAGAACAAAAGAAACAAUUGCUCAUGAAAUGUCUUCUUUCGAAUAUUUAUAAGAAAGAAGGAGAGAAAGUAGAAGAAAGUCAAUUUUUGAUUGAAUAUGACUUUUUGACUUGUUUUUACAAUCUUGCUAAUUAUUUAGGUGCUGAUGACUUAUGCUCCUACUUGUUAUUGGAACAAGAUAUCUUCCCGCCAACUGUCAAAUUAUUUCUUUACAAAUUAUGGAAACUUGACAUUCCAGAAAAGAUAAGAAUUUCUUGGCUUUUCAAAGUUGAAACUCUUUCAGAUUGCGAAUUUGGUGAGCUACCAGUUGAAGCUCUCGAUCAGAUUAUGGACGAUGAUUUAAUUUCAUUAAGUUCCAAGAUUAAAAUCUAUGUGAAUCAUGUUUCAAAGAAUGGAGCUGAGAAUUAUGUGAAAAUUGCUGAAAAGCUUAAGAAACUUUACGAAUCAUGUGGAAACUUGUUGGUGAAUGAUAAUUUUGAUUCCACUAUUCAAGAUUAUUUGUUGGAAUACUAUGAUAUUUUCAAGGAAAGAACUCAAGUUGAAGAUGCCAACGACACGCAACUAUUCGAAACUGAAACAUUUAUUCAUUAUUUUAGCAUCUUUUUGGAGCUUGAUUCUACAGAUGAUGAACCAUAUCCACUUUUAACAAAAUUGAAGCUCAAUUUGGAACAACAUGAUAGCGAUUCCAUCUAUUGGUGGUAUUUCAAAUUUCAAAAUUCACUUCCAGAUAAUUUCAAUGUCAGAUUUUAUUGUACAUGUGACAAUACUGACCUUUUUAUUAAUGAUUGGAUUGAGAAAUUGAAUCCAAUUCACUUGAAAGACUAUUCUAAACCUCAAACUAUUGACACCGAUCAAGGAUUUGAAAGUUUUGAUGGUGAAUCUUACAUCACUCUUCAUUCCUUAAUUGUAAUUGAAAAGGAAAAUCCAAAUAAGAGAAAUCACGCAAAUCUUCCAAUCAAUGAUAAUGACAAUGAAUUGAAUUCCCUUUCCAAAAAGCAAAAAUCAGAUUAA